UAUUGGCUGUUCUCCCAGUGCCAUCAUGUGCCUGUAUUACUACUAUUAUCGCACGCAAACAUCACACCAGUCUAUUCGACCGCAAUUAAUAACACAAAUGUGUGGACAUAUCACCUAUGGUUAGAUCCGGAAGAGCUAUACAGUGUUAAGUGGAAUAUCAAUGCCCGCAACGAAAGCGUUGAAUUCCUGUGCGAAGUGCGGACCCGGGGUUGGGUUGGGUUCGGACUGUCGCCCAAUGGGGGCAUGAAGUCCAGCGAUUUGGUCAUCGCGUGGGUCGACGACCGGACAGGAGUCACACAUUUUCAUGACCGGUACGCCACGGGGGAGUCCGUACCGCUCAUAGACCCUCACCAGGACUGGUAUCUCUUGGACUCGGGGCAAAACUCCACGCAUACUAUCAUACACUUUGUACGGCCGUUACGUACGUGCGAUACAGACCACGAUCUGGACAUUACGCGAGACACUAUACGGCUAAUCUAUGCCUACGGCGAUGUCGACCCGACCACCGCCGCCGACAUCACUAAACAUGGUCACAGUCAACGCGGCUCAAGAAGUGCACUGUUAUUAUCGCAGCCAAAGUCCGCCGAUACAGAGCCUCAAGAAUCCGAUUUAAAGCGAUUAGUGUUUAAUCUUAAAAAUGUCACAAUACCUGCCAAAGAGACCACUUAUUGGUGCAAAAUAUUUCAAUUGCCCCGAGAGUUGCUGCACGUGGUGAAGUUUGACCCAUACCUAACACCGGGCAACGAGCCGUUCACGCACCACAUCUCGGUGUACGAGUGCGCUCAUCCCAACCCACAAGCUUUGACCAAAUACGCCAACAGCGCGGGACACGAUUGUACGGACAGCGCCAGUAUGCCAGCCGAUUACCAACACUGUUUUGUGCCGCACCUGAUGUGGGCGGUGGGCGCCGGCUCUUUCAAUCUGCCGGCCGACGUGGCCUUUCCCAUGGGCUCCGCCGGCGCUGAGCCCCGGUAUGUGAUGAUAAACAUGCACUACGAUAACCCGGACCGAGUGGCCGGUCGACUAGACUCGUCUGGAAUCGAGGUGUUUUACACGCAACAGCAUAGAAAGUAUGAGGCUUUCACCUUGGGCAUUGGCUCGCCCCUGGAUGAUAGGAUAUUCAUACCCCCGGGACAGUCCGCGUUUCACAUUACCGGCCACUGCCAUACCAAGUGCUUUGAAAAUUACAUGGACCAUGAUGGCCUAAAAGUGUUUGCUAUUUGGCCACACGCGCACCUCUUAGCGACAAAAUUAAAGAUCCGUCACUUCCGGGACGGGUUAGAGCUUCCGUGGCUCGAGUUUGACCAGAAUUACGACUUCAAUCUCCAGUCGUUUCGCGUAGUAAAGCCGAUGAGAAAAAUCAUUUUCGGCGAUCAGUUGACCGUCGAGUGCGAGUACGGGUCGAGUCAUAAGAAUCGUACAACCAUGGGCGGGUACGCCACCACCGACGAGAUGUGCACCGCGUGGCUCUACUAUUACCCCAAAAUGGCUAAAUCUAAGCCCUGUUUCAGUGGACUGACCGAUGAUGACCGACGUCGAGUGGCCGGAGUUACUGACCCGGCGGCCCGUAAACUAGUGGGUAAACAAUUGACAAGUUACCUGGCUGCGAAACAGGACUGGGAUCAAACUCACCUAGACCAGUCUUAUAAUAUUAUGCUAAAUCUAACGCAAAGUCUGGAGUGCUAUUGGUAUAAAACGGGUGAUGAAUACGAGGGACCCGUAGGCUAUCCGCCAAUUGAACGCGUGUUUAAGCCGCCGGCGCUCGAGUCAUGUCUGGCCAUCGAUGUGUACACUAAGCACUCAAUUAUUGUUAGCCUCAUAUCAUUGGUGUCUGUUGUGGUCGCCAUCACUAUAGCCGUGUAUAUGGUGUACAAACACCGGCACCGGUUUCAGGAUCCGCCCCGGAAUCGCUUGAAACAG